AUGGCAAACCGUCAUAUUACCAGACGAAUACUCCUUGGCGCUGCGGUAUCAGUCUUCCUUCUUUUUAUUUUCUUCGUCCGACCUCAAGGUCCACCGAGCCCUGCAAUCCGCGCCCCCGGUCACCUGGAGAAGUCUCCUCAUUCAACAUUGACAAAGGAUGAUAUUGUCAAAGGCGAAGUAGUAAUGCCCAAACUGGGCAAUGAGACGGCAAAGGCGGAAUUGGGGCGCGCAACGUGGAAGUAUUUCCAUACCAUGCUAGCACGGUAUCCUGAAGACCCCACGGACGAGCAACAAGAAACUUUACGCUCAUUUAUCUAUCUAUUCGCGCGAUUAUAUCCAUGUGGCGAAUGCGCAUCACAUUUCCAAGGUCACUUGAAGAAAUAUCCACCACAGGUGUCAUCGCGCAAUGCUGCCUCAGGAUGGGGCUGCUUUAUUCACAACGAGGUUAAUACCAUGCUCAAAAAGCCUAUUUUUGACUGCAAUAAGAUCGGUGAUUUCUACGACUGCGGCUGCGCCAAGGAUCAAGAAACGGACGAAGAAAGCGAAGAACUCAAGAGUAGGAGCCAUACGGACUCCGACGAAAACAAAAAUAUUGUCGCUAGUCAGCCUGUUGAUAUAUCCAAGGAACCGUGGGUUUUCUCCCUUGCUUCCCCCCACACCUCACUAUCGCCACUACUGAAUUCAGCACGUAUUGGUGCUUGA